CUUGAAAAUGCAGCAUAAAUGAACAGCGCUACCGGAAAUUUAUGCUUUUCGCUCUUGGGCAGUUGCAGGAGUCUGAAAAGCGUGAAGCAACUCCACGCCUACAUCUGCAAGACCGGUCUGGAAUCCGACCAAUUCAUCGCCGGAAAGCUCCUCAUUCAAUGCGCGGUGAAUAUAGGCGACGCACUCGACUACGCUCGCCGCCUCUUCCUCCACAUUCCAAACCCAGACGUCUUCAUGUACAACACACUCAUCCGCGGGCUCGCUGAGUCCGACUCCCCACAGGAUUCCCUGGAAACCUUCGUCUGCAUGCUCCGAAGCUCGGAUUUCCCUCCUGAUAGCUUCUCUUUCGCUUUUACGCUCAAAGCUGCCGCGAAUAUGAGGUGCUUGAAGAGUGGGUCUCAGCUGCAUUGUCAAGCUUUGGCUCGUGGCCUCGAUCGCCAUCUGUUUGUGGGGACUACCACGAUCAGCAUGUACGCUGAGUGUGGAGCUAUUGGGCUUGCUUGGAAUGUGUUUGAUGAAAUGUCUGAACCGAAUGUGGUUGCUUGGAAUGCCAUUCUUACGGCUUAUUUACGGGUCGGUGAUUUGAAGGGCGCAGACGGAGUGUUCGAUUUAAUGCCGUCAAGGGACUUGACAUCUUGGAAUCUGAUGCUUGCUGGGUAUGCUAAAGCAGGUGAACUGGAUUGUGCCAUGACGAUUUUCGCUCAAAUGCCAAGAAGAGAUUGUGUUUCUUGGAGCACUAUGAUUUUCGGGUUCGCAUGUAAUGGCUAUUUUUACGAGGCGUUUCGGGUUUUCAGGGAAUUAAGGAGGGAAGGAAUGAGUCCAAAUGAGGUGAGCUUGACAGGGGUUCUAUCUGCCUGUGCCCAAGCUGGGGAGUUUGAAUUUGCAAAAACUCUCCAUGGAUUUACAGAGAAAGCUGGGAUGAUGUGGAUUACAUCACUGAACAAUGCACUUCUGGAUACAUAUGCUAGGUGUGGGAACGUGGCUAUGGCUCGCUUAAUCUUCGAGAGAAUCCCAGGGAAGAAGAGUGUCAUUUCUUGGACUUGUCUGAUCACAGGUCUCAUAAUGCAAGGCCAUGGCGAGGAGGCGAUGCAGCUUUUCCACAAGAUGGAAUCCACUGGAACUAAACCCGACGGGGUCAUCUUCGUUUCAAUCCUGUACGCAUGCAGCCAUGCCGGUCUGAUCCAAGAAGCCCAACACAUUUUCGAUAGAAUGAGCAGAGAAUAUGGCAUGAACCCAGAUAUGGAGCACUAUGGUUGCAUGGUUGAUCUUUACAGCAGGGCUGGGCAGUUGAAGAAGGCUUAUGAUUUCAUCACCCAAAUGCCUAUCCCACCCAACGCCAUCAUCUGGCGAACACUUCUGGGCGCUUGCAGCUUCCAUGGUGAAGUCCAGUUAGCUGAGGUGGUGAAACAAAGGCUGUCGGAGGUGGACCCUAACAACUCCGGUGACCAUGUUUUGUUGUCUAAUGUUUAUGCUGUUGCUGGGAAAUGGCAGGGGGUUGCAACACUGAGGAGAUCAAUGACUCACCAAAACAUGAAGAAAACCCCUGGUUUCAGUGUAGUUUGAGUGGACUGUUUUCGGUGUGGCCGGUGCAAAUUGCACCAUUAGGAAUACGCAUAAAUGCACACCACAAUGUUAAAAAAUGUACCAGAAUGAAAUGCACAAAAAAAUGCACCACACACCAAAAAAAUGCACUUUCAAACACCUUGUGAUGCAUUUAUGCCUAUCUAAUGAUGCGUGACUGCACGGCUGCACGAGAAGCAUUGUCCGUACGGGAACCUGACCCUAUAUACUUAUGCCCAAAAAAUAUCCAUUCUAAACCCAUUCAAACCCAAUCUUGUUGCUAGAACUCCAGAAGCAACUAAGCAAGUCUUAAAUACAACGGCAAGAGGCAAAUUAUACUAUGGACCAUAAACAA